GCCUUUUUCGCUUCCUUAAUUGUGUAGGCAAGCGAUCACCUUUUGACCUUACUUGAUGCGCAAGCCCUUUAGAAUAGGACUUGUGAGUUGUGAGACUGUUGUCUACUGACUUGGAUUACUUGUUAAGGUUUGAAAGUUGAUGGUUGGUCCAAGAGGAAACUACAGAGCAAAAAGGGCUUGCGGGCGCUCACAUUUUUCCACAAUCAUGAAAUUACAUUACAAGUUCUCCUCCUCUCAGAUUUAAAGUUUUGAGCUUUUCGAUAGUUUCUGAUCUUCUUUUUAUUUUGCAUCUUCCUCUUAUUUUUACCUCCCCAAGACUCCAAUUUCAUGAGAGGGAAUUAUUGUUGUUCUUUUCAUUCUUUUUUUGUUUUUUAAACUCUUGUUGACUUUCUUUGUUGGUGUUUUAUUCUGUGUUUAUUUGAUCUCAAUGGGUUCUUUGUUGGCAGAUUGAUCUGAAUUUUUAUUCUGUCUUCUUUUCAUAAGGGUUCUUUUCAUUUUCUAUUGCUGGAAGGAUGAGCUAAAAUUGGUGAGAGAGGAAAGAGGCAGGAGCGGUUUUGUGUUGGUGAUUUGAGUUUCCUUCUUGGUCAAAUCUUCAAUGGAUUCUUGAGUUUUGAGGUUCAAUCUGUACAACUUUAUCCUUGUUUGAUCAGUUUUCUUAGUAAAAAAAAAACGUGUAAAUCUUCAUUUGACAGUUUUAAUUUAAGGCAGAAUUGUGACUCAAGUAAAAGUUUCAAUUUAUGCCCAUUGGAGAGUUUUGGUUUGUUAUUGUUUCUUGUAUUAUGUUGAUGUUUUUAUACUUCAUAUUUAUUCCUGCUGUCAACAACUGAGAACACUUUAACUUCUAUUUCCUUUCUGUUUCUUUUUUUCGUUUUCAUUAUUUUGGACGGUAUAGUUUCUUCUUUAAGGGAUCUAGAAUACUAUAUUGCUUUUGCCAGUAGUACCUAAAUCCCUUUUCUGUAAUUCAUCUCAAAAAGGAUCUGUGACUGGAUUCUUUUUAAUCUUUAGUCCCUAUUUUUUUGCCCUUUCUGAUCAGCUGAUUUGACUUGUAGAUUUCUAACUUGUGUUUGUAAAUUUGCAAACACUGAGUAGAGGUUUCUGCUUCUGUAGUUAAAUCCAGCAAUUUGUUGCAAUCGUAAUCUCCUCAAUCUGGUCUAAAUUGUAUUUCUCAGAAGUAAAUCUAAGAGUUGGUUCGGCAAAAACUGGAUUUUUGAGUGAGUAGGCCUUUGCCUUGAGUUUGUUUCGGGGAGUGUUUGAGGUUUUUACAAUACUUCUGUUUGCUUUACUUUUUGAUAUGGCUGGUUAUCAGCACAUGAUUCCCAACCAUGAAGGAGACCAGCACUUGCUCGCUGCUGCUCACCAUGUUUUGAAGGCGUUAGGAACAUUUAAGAAUUUGAGUGAUGAAAUGAGAAAACUCCUUAUUGAUCUCGAUGGACACUUGUCCAAAAUGACUGGAAACAUGGAAGUCAUGGAAGGGGAAUUUGUUGCGGUUCAGGAACAAUUCAAAUCUGCUGAGAGUAGGAUCUUGCGCUGGGAGUCAAAUCAAACAAUGAUAUGGGAUACAGGCACUGAGGAAGUUGCUGACUAUAUAGGGGCUAUUGAGGAAAUCCAAACACUGAUUGAAAGUUUAAGAAGAUUGUCUGUGAAUGGAAAUGGAAAGCAGAAAGAAAUACUUUCCCAAGCUAAUAGUGCACUGCAGACGGCGAUGUUGAGGCUUGAGGGAGAGCUAAUCCACAUUCUUGUUGAGCAUAAACAACACUUUGAUCCAGAAUAUGUGUCUUUUCAUUCUUGUCCAGAUGUUGUUUAUGAUGAGUCAUUUGUUUCAGUUGUGGAUGAAUCUUCCCAGAGGGUUAACAGUGGCAUUGUAUCUGGAGAAUAUAUUGUAGACUUGGUUAAACCUGAUGCAAUUCUUGAUAUCAAAGCCAUUGCAAAUGUAAUGUUUACUGCCAACUAUGAUCUGGAAUUCUGUGAGGCUUACAUUGGUGCCAGGAAAGAUGCAUUGGCUGAAUACUUUGUCAUUCUUGAAGUGGAGAAGUUUAGCAUUGAAGAUGUGCUGAAAAUGAAGUGGUAUACCUUGAGUGCUGAGAUCAAGAAAUGGAACUGGGCUAUGAAGAUCAUUAUUCGGGUCUAUCUAGCUAGUGAGAAACAUUUAUGCAACAAGAUUUUGGGAGAGUAUGGAACUACUAGCUCGUUUUGCUUUGUUGAGAUUGCAAAGGCAUCCUUAUUUUGCCUAUUGAAUUUUGGGGAAGCUGUAGCAAUGACAUCUGUUCGGCCAGAAAAAUUGUUUCGCUUGCUGGACAUGUAUGAGGUUCUCGGGGAUCUUCUCUUGGAUAUAGAUGGUUUGUUAUGUGAAGAGGCUGGUGCUUAUAUUAGGAUUGAGUUCCAUGAGCUUCUUAGAAAACUGGGCUAUUCUGCAAAGGCUGCAUUUUCAGAACUUCAGAUUGCCAUAGCUUCAAACAUAUCACUAAAGCCUUUCCCUCAGGGUGGGAUUCAUCCCCUCACAAGGUAUGUUAUGAACUACAUCAAGACUCUCUCCUUAUAUGGUGAAUCCCUCAACUCGAUUCUUGUGGACCAAGAUACGGAUCACACAAAUGCAGUUGUUGAGACAAUGAGUGAGCAAGAAGUAUCUUCAGUAACUUUUUGUCCUUUGGCUUGUCAUCUUCGGUCAGUUACUUCUACUCUACAAUGCAACCUUUUUGACAAAUCCAAACUAUACAAAGAGGAGGGCCUACGCCAUAUCUUUCUAAUGAAUAAUAUCCAUUACAUGGUUGAAAAGGUUAAGGGUUCUGACCUCAAGCUUUUCUUUGGUGAUGAAUGGAUCCGAAAGCAUAAUGGGAAAUUCCAGCAGCAUGCAACGAGCUAUGAGAGAGCCACAUGGGGUUCAGUACUUUCUUUUAUCAGCGAUUGCCCACACUCAAAUACCUUCUUUGAGGGAACUCCUAAAGAAAGGUGCAGGAGAUUCAAUCUUGCUUUUGAGGAGGUAUACAAAAGCCAAACUCAAUGGUCUAUCCCAAAUUCUCAGCUUAAGGAAGAUCUACGAAUCUCAAGCUCCCUUAAGGUGAUCCAUGCAUAUAGAACGUUUCUGGGGAGAAACCAUAUCAGUGACAAGUACAUCAAGUACUCUGUAGAUCAUGUGGAAUCGUUGCUCUUGGAUUUUUUUGAUGGAUCAACAAGAUCAUUAAGCAGUUCACAAAAGAGGUAACUGCUCAACAGCUUCAUUUUUUAGUCAUUAUCCUCCGUUUCAUAUUGCAGUUGUAUGAUUUCGCAAAGAUUUCCAUUGAUGUAUAUGUAGUUGUAAUUAUCAUAUUUGUACUCAGAAUGUUAAAGUAGAACUUGGCUGUAGUUUUGUUUCAACUAGCAAGUUUUUCUUCCUGUAAUAUAACACUCACUUUCUUUGCCUUAGUUUUUUACAUGGCUUUGAAUAAAAUGAUAUCCUUUCAACUUUCUUCUCA